UUUUGGCGCCCUGUAUGCUAAUCAAUAGCAAUUGUCCGUUUGGGGUAAAAAAACUAAACAUGUUUUAGUGAUGGGUGGAGUCCCAGGGAUUGCUCCACCACCAAUUAAAGUUAUUUCCUAAUAAAACUGGAAUACCCCUUUAAUUUUCAAUUUCAAAUGUUAAAGCAAUGUUCCAGUUCUAGCACAGUACGCUGAGGACUGGCAGUGACAACCAGGGCAACACAUUCACAAAAAUCACUAAGGACACAACACGCAUGCGCAAAGAGCACUGACUGACACGCAGCUACUAAAGCGCAUGCGCUUGGUUACAGUAUCGUCUCAUAGGCCCACUCUAUUGGUAAUACAUAGAUCAAAGAACGCUGACGGGAGUACAAAGUGGGCGUGGCUUGUUCCCUGUUGCCCAGCAGCUGUUAGAAAGCCCCGCCCCUUUCCCCCUCUUCUGCGGAGCUCCAUGCUUCCCGCUGCAGGGCUCCGUAUUGGCGGCUGGUUUGAAGAGCGGAAGUGACGGUUCUCGAAGAGGAAAACAACCGUUCAGUGGAUGUUAUGUCCGGACCGGAGCGCAGAGCGGGUGACCGGCAGCCUCAAGCAGGAAUUGUCAGCCACAGCCGCGCAGUUGAACACGUCGGCGGAAGGUUUACAUAUCCAGAUGAUUCGGCAGUACCAGCAGCGCCUGAUGGAGCAGAACAGGGUUCACCAGCAAUCAGUGGCUGAAGCACAAAAACGUUUGCAGGAAUACCAGUUACUACUGAAGGAUCGGUAUCCUCACUUAUCCACCUCCAACAUGGGAAGCCCAGAAAAGGUCAGGAAAACAUGAGGAGCCUUCAAGGGCCACAACCAGAUUUAUCUGAAAAUAACAUCCCGAGAACGGUCCUGUCAUCUCCUCCUCAUCACAACGCACCGGUAUCCUCACCAGGUCAUCCUCCAUCUACAGAAAAGCAGAUAUCGGACCAGAGGUGUAGGAAAGACCCAGCAGAUGAGUCCUAGAAGUGGCCCAGAUCCUUCAUCUGCAAGCGGUUUCCAUGCUGUGGUCUCUUCUAAACUUAGAACUGACAGUCCUGCGAGUGUGGACUUCUUUAACCAUUACUCCCUUAGAGGAAGAAGUCCACAAGGACGAUCAUCUCACAGUCCACAUGACGACCACCUUAGAGCUCAAGAUACUGUAAUAGGUUUAGAAAAACUUUCCUCCCCCUCCAGUCCAGGAGAACAUGACUCCUCCUCCGGGACUUCAUACUUCCUCCUCCCUUCAGCACUUUUUUUAGGUCUGCCCCAGGAUGACUUUUCUGAACAAGUCGUGUCUGUCACCGUUCCCGAAGUCGGCAAAAGAGACAGUCUACUCCUAGGAGACUUCUCCAGUGUUCAGGAAUUCCGGGAGAGACUUGUCUUCUGCUGCAGAGAUCAGUAACCAGCAAGACCACCUGAAGGAAAUGCAAGCGCAGCUUGACAAGCAGCGAGAAUCUCUUCUCUCCAAGCAGAAAAGUCAGGAGCAACAUCUCCUGCACAAGCAGAAGGAACUGGAGGAGCAGAUACAAAGGCGCCAGGAGUCCCUGGAGGAGUUGCUUGGCCCAACUGAGAUCCUUCAUUUACUUCAGUUUUGUAUAAAAGUCUCCAUGACAGUCUCACCAGGAACACAUUCCCUAAACCACUUUCAAUGGAGGAAGGAGCUUCUGGCCCAGGGUCGACCGGACAAGGACGGAGCCCAAAUUCAGCCGGCGAUUCUUUGUCCACUACAACUAUAUCAUCCGGCAGCUUCCUGACCAGCGAGAAGACCGACUCCAGUCCUGGAAACUCUGCUCCUGAAGUUGCUUUUGAUGUUACAGCUUCUGAUAACCACCUCUCGUAUACAUUUCACUCUCUGGAUCCAAAACAUGACUUCGAUAUCUCCAUUUCAUCCUGCGCCCGAUCAGAUGCCACCGGGAGCCCACAGAACAUGCAGGAUCGGAGUCAGAGCUCCAGUAACACCAGAGGAAGCCCUGCAGUAACGCACAGCACGCCGGCUCUGAGCUCAUCUGUCGGCUUAUUCCACUCACUGAACAUCAGGAGAAGUUCACCUAGGAGGCAGAACGAAGCAGAUUUUUCUGGAUCUUUCCUCCCAUUACACCCAGAGUGCACCCAUAAUGAGCCAAAUCUGCGCCGCCGUGGAGAUUCUGGUCAGGAACAGGACCAGGAAACUCCUUUCCAGCAUGGCGUCUUGCAGCGUCUCAUGAUGCCAGUCACAGACCUUUCACUAGUCGGCACUUCUCUACCAUCCUGACAAGUGCAGACGACUGAGUUAUUCUGAACUGUCCGAUCAUCUAAUCUCAGACAUCUUGGAGAGGAAUAGUGCUGGAUGUGAACACAGAUCAUAAUGUCCCUCAAGAUCCCGAGGAAGGCGAUAAUCAAGUUCCUUCACAGCCAUCAGAUCAGACCCCAAGAUCUGAGAACAUGAGCCUCACAUCUCACUCAAGAUCCUCUCUUCAGUCCUUGUCUAGAUCGACUAUUGGGCUGGUUCUUUGCUGAGUUUUAUUCAUACUUGGGUGUGUAAAUUACCAAAUUCAUUUUUUAUUUAUUUUAUCCACAUUUUGUUUCCUUUUAUUUUUAAAGGUGUUUUCUGGGACUCAGCAGGUGUCCCAGAAACCCACCUUAUUUACUGAU